AUGUUCCUCCUCCACCGCCCCCUUUACUGCACCGGCCCCUCCCUCACCGCCUCCUCCUCCGCCGCCGUCAUCUCCCAACAACAACCCCGCCACGGCGUGAUCUACACCACCGGCCGCGUCUACCGCUUCAUCGCAUACACCCUCGGGCUCGUGCGGAAGGUGUAUGCAGGGGGUGUGAGGGUUGUGAUGGGGGUGUUGAGGGGGGUUUUUACGCCGUUAAGUUUGGAGGUGGGUUUCGAGAAAUGUAGAAGAGGGUGUGAAGAUUGGAAGUCGGGGGCGAGCCCGAUUGGGCUGAAUGAGAAACUGUUGAGGGCAGCACAACCGUAUGGCUGCAUCAGCCGUCACCGCAACAUGGAUCCUCGCAUCAAAUCGCCGCCAACCCCCAAUGGAGCUAAAAUAUACUCUCAUCCCCCACAGCAAGUCCGCUACCGUCUAAACCUCUACAAAGUCCCCGUGCGCUACCUCGAGACCAUCUUCCGCAUCCCCUACAUCCGCGUGCGCAUCGGGCUAAGCACGCUCAUCGGCCUCGUGCCCUUCGUCGGGGCCGCUAUCACCGCUACUGUUGCCUUCUACCCACUCGUAUUAGCAACCCAAGUCCCAAACUUGCCCCCGGACGUCGUGCCGAAGAUGAUGUUCAACAUGGUCCUCGGCGGCGCCCUAGGCCUGAUCCCCUUCGUCGGCGGGCUGAUUGCGAAUAUCUACCGGCCUACGUGGCGGAAUCUGCGGUUGAUUGAUAGAUGGGUGACGAAACUGGAGACGGGCGUCGCGGUGGCACCGAGGGCUGCUGCCCUUGUUUCGUAG